UGUUGGAAAGCUCCUAAAGCAUUUGCACGCUAGCUAUCCGGAGAACCGCCGUUUCUGCUUGUUUUCGGCGUCAGAUUUAACUGCUGUUUCAACACAACACUCAUAUAAAUAUGAAUUAUUCAGAUUACGACUCGGAGGAUUAUGCCUCAAAUGAGGAUGACGAUUAUGUGCCAUCCGAUGAUAAUCUGAGUGAGGAUGACAUAAAUGAAUGUGAGAAAGAAGAUGGUCUGGAGCUUGAAGAACAUGAUGGGCAGCAGUCAGAACAUGUGAAGAAGAAAAAGAAGAAUAGCAAAGGUGGAAUUCCUAUGAGAAAAAGAAAGAAAGGAGGUCUCAAAAUUGAAGACAGUGAGGGAAGUGCAGUAGACCAGCAGGGAAAUGAAGAUGAGACAAAAGAAGAAUCUGCAGUCAGAUCAACACAGAAGAAUGAAGAACAGCAGAAGAAGAAAUCAGAUGAUCUUUGGGCAAGCUUUCUGAGUGAUGUUGGACCUCGACCUAAAACAGCAGUGUCUCCAAGCACAGACUCUCAACAGUCCACAUCCACAGCCAAAACAGAUCAGCCCAGUGAACCCUCCACAGGGUCUGAGCAGCAGGGGGAUAAACCCAAAGAAUCCACAAAGAUCACCAUUACCAAGGUGUUUGAUUUUGCUGGGGAAGAAGUGCGAGUCUCUAAAGAAGUGGAUAUAAAUUCACGGGAGGCCAAGAGCUUUUUGAAGACAGAGGAGACAUCACAGGAGAACAGUGAAAAGCAGGGGAUAUCCUCUGAACCAAUGGCCUCUUUUGGAUCCAGUGUGAAGAGGCCAGCAGGCAUGGGCAGCAUCCUAAAUCGCAUUGGGUCCAAAAAGCAGAAGAUGAGCACUUUGGAGAAGUCUAAGAUGGACUGGGAUGCCUUUAAAUCAGAAGAGGGCAUUGCAGACGAGCUGGCCAUCCAUAAUCGAGGCAAAGAAGGAUACGUGGAGAGAAAGAACUUCCUGGAGCGAGUUGACCACAGGCAGUUUGAGCGGGAGAAGAAUGUGCGUCUGAGCAACAUGAAGCAAUGACAACAGGAGAGAGAAGAUACACAGAUCCAUUUCAACACGGACUGUCUCACCUUAACACACGUUCUGCAUACAUGCUCGGUUUCUUUAUUCAUAUAAACUGAAUUCCUCCUGGCAUAAUGAGACAAAAUGCUGCUCUGCCAUAACAAUCUCUUGGACAUUUUGAUCAAACAACAUUUGUAUCUUCUCUUUUUUACUUUCUGUGGACCUGAGAAACCCUCAUCAUCUGUCAUUGAUAAUGACGUGAGUUCACCUGUGUAAAUUUGGCUUUCUUCCUUUGUCCUCAUCUAUGUGGUUUUCAUUAGGUCUUUUUCGAUAUAAAAAUAUGUUUAUGUUUUCCUUUCUUCUGUCCCACCUGGACAUCGACAGAGAAUAACAUUAAUGUGCAUGGGUGUGUUGAAAGCAUCAUGGAGGCUUAAAAGAGAGAGUUCACCCAAAAAUGAAAAUUCUGCCAUUGUUUUCUCACCCUCUUGUCAUUUCAAACCUGUAUGACUUUCUUUCUUCUGCAGAACACGAAAGACGAUAUUUAAACAAGAAUGUUUGCAACCGAACAGUGGUGGUACCCAUUUACUUUUUUUGUAUGGGCAAAAAAACAAUGCAAGUCAAUGGGUAUUGCAGGUUACCAACAUUCUUCAAAAUAUCUUCUUUUGUGUGUCAUACAGGUUUGAAAUGAGAAGAGGGUGAAUAAACAAUAACAAAAUUUUCCUUUUUGGGUGAACCAUCCCUUUAAAACUAAAUUCAUAAAUCACAUUAUUAUUCUGACAUUUUGCGGCUCCAGCGCUCACUUGAUUCAAAAAACGUCAGGGAUUUGUCGUUUGCUGUCUAAACGGAAGCAUUCUUGGAUAUUGUUCAUUUGAUUGUAACAUUGAAGGGUGACUUUGUUUUAUUUUAUCGUGUAUACGUACUACUGUACGUCUGGGACAGUUUAUUUUGGCAAGACUUGUUGUAUGAUAAUUACCCCUCUGUUAUUUUAAACAAUGUGUUUCAAUGUUUGACAGAAAUAAAUCAACUAAUUUGGUUUGAAUACUUUCUUUUUAAAUGAGCUGUGUCUGGCUGUUAAUUACUUUGACGGGCUAAUUAAUGGCUCCACCUCGUCCCUAAUGGUUGACUCCCGUACCCUCAUCCCUUUAUUCCAGCUUGUGCCCCUUAAUGCCUUUCCCACCACUAAGCUUUUACCACACACCACUGCUUGACUUCGAAUACCAUGUGAAGCAGGGUUUUAAAGCUCUUCCUGACGAUUUGUUCAGAAGUGGUUUGAAAACCGCUGAGUUUUAACACUUUCAAAAUAUUAAUGUACAAGAUGUUUUACAAUGUUUAAUAUUAAUUCAUAUUUAAAAAGUUGUUUAUAUGUUAAGUAUGUUUAUACAGCCGCAGAAAAAAUUAAGAGUCCGUUUCAAAAUUGUUUUCAGUUUUUCUGAAAUUGCUAUUUAUAGAUAUGCGUUUAGGUGAAAUUGUCAUUUGUUUAAUUCUGUAAACGACUAACAAUAUUUUCCCCAAAUUUUAAAUUAAGAUAUUGUUUGUAUUCGCAUUUAUUUGCAGAAAAUGAAAACUGGAGAAACAGGUCAAAGGAUGCUCGUUUUUUCCAGACUUCAAAUACUGCAAAGAAAACAAGUUCAUAUUCAUUUUUAAGCAAUGCAACAGUAAUAUUGUACAUGUGUUUAGAAAAAGUUCAAAAAGUAUUUUUUUAUGUGAUGACCUCGAUUUUUUUUUAUCACAGUUUUCAUGUGUGUUGUCAUGCUGUCAGUCUUUCACAUUGCUGUUGGAUGACUUUGUCACUCCUGAGGUUUGAUUUUGUUGAAAUUCAACAGACACUGAACUGGAAUGGCCACAAUACAUCUAGAAAUCCUGAUUAAAGGAAAUUUGG